UCUAUAGAGAAUCGGUCGAGGUUGGGUCGAUCGAUGACGGGAUGGGUGCAAUCCACUGCGAGAAAAGUCGCCGACUUCAGACGAGCAUCCCGGCGCUGAUCGCAAUCAAUGGCGAUACAGCCGGUGUAGAUGUCUAGGACAGUGCACGGCGACGGGCUGAGAAUACCGGCGACGGCGAUGUUGGGAGGAAGAUGCGCAUCAACGGCGACAAUGCUUGCAUGGGGUGCCUUCGUUAUCGUGUGUUUGGGAGCCCGCACCCCCUGUGACUGCUGUCCGAUGAUGGCGGUUUCGGUUCUUCCCGUCCGGCCAAGUCAGGGCAACCAACCAGCAGAAUCUUUCAUUACCAGCGGCUCGUGUAAAGCCUCCAGGCCUCCGAUACAGGAGCCUAACCCCUGUAAUCGUAAGCUCUUUAGCUUGUGCUCUCACGGAUGGUGUAAGGCAGCAGAAGAAAUCAUUGUAUCCGUAAAAUCAGUUUCAAUUUCGACAUUUUGGGCAGGCAGCCAUGUCAGAUUUUCCAUGUAUCGUCCGCUCCUAACUCUGGUUAUUGCACGUCUGGUGGCCCAACAUUGAACUCGUGGUCGCGAGAGUGCAUGUGACGCCGUCAUGAUGGCGCUGGAGUCAAGGCUGCCCUGGCUGUGCCUUUAAACCACUGGGGGGGAGCUCAGCAGCUCCACCAAUCACCUCAGGCUAGCGCAAAGCCUGGGGUUUCGACUUACGAUCCAU